AUGCUGCACUUUCUCCCGAAAAUCCCCCCUCCGGCCCUGUUCACCUCCACUGAUGCUGGCCCCACCCAAAGCCCCAUACUAACCGCCGGGGCCGCGAUGAAUACCGGCGUCCAGGACUUUGUGACCCGCCGCUUCGGCCGCCACGUCCAGUACCGCGUGGCCAACGACUACACCUCCAAGAAUGGCGUCCGCCAUGUGUACCUGCGCCAGACCAUCAACGGCGUGCCCAUCCUCAAUGGCGAUGUCAACAUCAACAUCGACGCCAAUGGCAAUGUCCUGAACAUCGGCUCCACCUUCGUCCGCCGGUCGGAGCUGCUGGAGCGCGCCGAGGCGGCCCUGGCCCGUGGCAUUGACGGCCAGCGCCUGUCCCCGGCUCAGGCGGUCCUGCGCCUGGCCAGCUAUCUGGGCAUCGGCUUGGAGCAGGGGAGCCUUGUGCCGGUUGCCUACGCCUCGGCCGACUUCGACGCCGAGGAGGAGCCCGCCCGGCCGGUGGCCCUCUUCGAAGGGGACAACCUGUCGCUGAACCACAUCGAGGUGCGCGUGGCCUUCGUCCAGACGGAAACCCGCGGCCUGGAGCUGGUGUACCACAUGAACAUCGAGCAGGAUGACGAUUGGCUGGAUGUCGGUGUGUCGGCCACCACCGGCGAGGUGGUCUUCGCGGUGAACUGGGUCAGCCGGUCCGGCAACUACCGGGUCUACCCGCCCGGUGUCAAUGACCCGCAUGAUGGCGACCGCGAGCUGGUGAGGAACCCGCACAAGCUGUCCACCGGGUCGCCCCUCGGCUGGCACACCAUGGACGCGGACAACACCUUCACCGACACGCGCGGCAACAAUGUCUACGCCCAGGAGAGCCUCACCGGCCGGCAGAUUGGCUGGAAGAACAACUACCGCCCGAGCGGCGGGUCGGACUUGGUCUUCGACUUCCCGAUCGACUUCACCAAGGAGCCGGUGGAGAGCCUGGACGCCGCGGUGACCAACCUCUUCUACUGGAACAACAUCAUGCAUGACAUCUUCUAUGAGUAUGGCUUCGACGAGGUGUCCGGCAACUUCCAGGAGAACAACUUCCGCAAGGGCGGCCUCGGCAAUGACGCCGUCCAGGCCAAUGCCCAGGAUGGCACCACCUACAACAACGCCAACUUCGCCACCCCGCCGGAUGGCCAGCGCCCGAAGAUGCGCAUGUACAUCUGGAACCAGGAGACCCCCAUGAUCGAUGGGGAUUAUGACAAUGGCCUCAUUGUCCACGAGUAUUCCCAUGGGAUUUCCAAUCGCCUGUGCGGCGGUCCGGCCAACUCCAACUGCAUGUCCUCGGCCCAGGCCUCCGGCCAGGGCGAGGGCAUCGGCGACUGCCUUUCCCUGAUCCUCCGCUGGCGCCGGGAGUAUGGCCGGGACGAUUCCUUCGGCAUGGCAGAGUAUGCGGCCAGCCGGAACAUUCGCAAUUACCCGUACACCGACGAUAUGGAACUCAAUCCCCAGACCUUCGGAUACCUCAACAAAUCGCAGUACUCUCGUCACCAUGCCAAGGGCGAGGUCUGGUGCACCAUGCUCAUGGACGCCUAUCGCAACAUGCUCGACGAGUUCCCCUGGGACGCGGAUCUGUACAAGGGCGAUGGCGCCAACAACCGCUUCAUGCAGAAUCUGGUGGAUGGCCUCAAGAUCCAGCCCUGCAACCCGACCUUCACCGAGGCUCGUGAUGCCAUCCUCCUGGCGGACCAGGUGAACUACAACGGUGCCAACACCUGUGCCUACUGGCGGGGCUUCGCUCGCCGCGGUCUCGGCCAGAAUGCCACCGCCCCGGAGACUGGCCCCGUCACCGAGGACUUCACCGUGCCUCUGGAGUGUCUGUAG